AUAAUAAACAACUUACAGAUAACUAACUUACAGAUAACUUGAAAUUGCAAAUUGACAGUCUAUUAUGAAGUCAUUUGUUACAGGACACGAGGAAUUAAUCCACGAUGUCAAAUAUGACUUUUAUGGGAAACACAUAGCGACGGCAUCGUCUGAUCAACACAUUAAGGUAUUUGACUUAGACUCAUCCAAUUCGGCUUGGGUAUUGAAUGACCUGUGGAAAGCUCAUGAUUCACUGAUUGUCAAACUUUCAUGGGCACAUCCUGAAUUUUCUAGUUCGAAGAUUUUGGCUUCAUGUUCAUAUGAUCGUACCGUUAAAGUAUGGCAAGAACAAGUUGAUGAAUUACAUGGGUCAGGUAGAAGAUGGAUAAAAUUAGCUACUUUAGCAAUAGAAUCUUAUGGUCCUAUUUAUGAUGUAUCAUUUGCUCCUAAUCAUAUGGGAUUAAAAUUAGGGUGUGUUGGAUCUGAUGGGAUCUUUCGGAUAUAUGAGUCAUUAGAGCCAAGUGAUUUGACUAAUUGGGUACUUACAACAGAAUUACCUAUAUUAAGUCUGCAAUUACCGGCUAAGAGUUUACAAAGUAGUUUUGGUAUUGAAUGGUGCCCUGCUAAGUUUUCUAAAACUGAAAAAUUUAUAGUUGUAGCGUUAGAUCAAGGAUUUAUUUAUGGUACAACAUCUCAGAGUGAUCAAGCUACACAUGACAAGGCAGAUGAUAUUGAUUCUGAAACUAAUUCAAAAAGUAAAUAUAUUAAACUAUGUAAUCUUCCGGAACAUAAUGGAUUAAUACGAUCAGUAAGUUGGGCUCCUUCAAUGGGACGAAACUAUCAUUUAAUAGCUACAGGAUGUAAAGAUGGAUAUGUUCGAAUAUUUAAAGGCACAGAACUUCCUAAUGGUGAGAUAAAAAUUGAAAUCUUGGCUAAGUUAAAUGAUCAUAAAUCAGAAGUAUGGAAGGUAAAUUGGAAUUUAACUGGUACGAUAUUAUCAUCAGCUGGUGAUGAUGGUAAUAUAAGACUCUGGAAAUGUAAUUAUUUGAAUGAAUGGAAAUGUAUGAGUGUGAUAAAUACCAGUAAUAGAUCAGGUAAUAGAGCCAUAGAAGAAGAAGUUACUCAACAAAAUGUUCCUGGAAAUUAAUAAUCUAGAGUGUAUAAUGUUAUAUGU